UGCACACUCCUCCUAAUCUAAAUUGGGCGAACCAAACGGCCCUGUAAGUUCUUUGGAUGAACUCUGUUUCACGGCUGCCGCGCUGAAACGAAUUGCUUGCUCAGUCAAUCACUGCACGGCCAUGGCUACGAAGCUCAUAGUAGCCGCGGCUUCUCUUGCAGUGAUAUCCGUCGUCUUAGCUCUUCUGUACCCGCCCGCCCGCCUCUCUCUGCCCCCUUCAAUCCCCGGGUCCCGCGACCACCUCCACUCCUCCCGGAUACUGCAUGUUGACGGGGCCUUCGGGCCGGAAAGCCUCGCCUUUGACCCCAACGGGGGAGGCCCGUACACCGGCGUCGCCGACGGCAGGAUUCUCCGGUGGGAUGGCGACGGCCGGGGCUGGGUUGAUUUCGCCGUCACCAGUCCCAACAGGAAGGACUGUGUUCGGCCUUUUGCGCCCGAACUGGAGCACAUCUGCGGGAGGCCACUCGGACUUCGGUUCGAUAAGAAGACUGGAGAUCUCUAUAUUGCGGAUGCAUACUUUGGGCUCUUGGUGGUGGGCUCCGCUGGUGGGUUGGCCGCUCCAGUAGUCACUGAAGCUGAAAGUCACUCAUUUCACUUCACCAACGACAUGGAUAUUGAUGAGUUUGAGGAUGUCAUUUAUUUAACGGACUCAAGCACAAGGUUUUAUAGAAGGCAAUUUAUGUCUUCAAUUCUAAGCGGAGACAGGACAGGCAAGCUAAUGAAAUAUGACAAGUCAAGCAAACAACUGACGGUCCUACUACGAGACCUUGCUUUUGCCAAUGGGGUGGCACUGAGCAAAGAUCGCUCCUUUGUGCUGGUAGCGGAGUCAACCUCUUGCCGAAUCACAAGGCUAUGGCUUCAGGGUCCUAAUGCCGGCAAGUCAGACACUUUUGCUGAAUUGCCUGGCUUCCCUGACAACAUAAGGAGGAACCCGGACGGAGAAUUUUGGGUUGCCCUCCAUUCCAAGAAAGGUACUUUUGCAAGGUGGGCUCUUUCAAACACGUUCAUCGGGAACCUGUUGCUAAAAUUUCCGCUUAGCUUCAGGCAGCUGCACUCAAUGUUCGUGGGUCGCCCACAUGCCACUAUUCUGAGGCUGAACGAGGAGGGAGAGGUUUUGGAAGUUUUGGAAGACGUUGAAGCGAAGGGUUUGAGGUUUCCGAGCGAAGUGGAAGAGAGGGAUGGUAAGUUGUGGAUUGGUUCGGUGAUGACACCCUUCAUCGGCAUCUAUAAUAGGAAUUAGGAGAUAUCCUCAACUUCCGCAGCGGCCUAUGAUAUACUGUAACACCUCCAAAUAAUCUUGAAAUUAAGCCCCUGGUGUUUAUGCAUGUAGAAGGAUGUCUCGAGGGUGCUGACUUAAAGAUAAUGUAAGAAAGACUUUCUCCUUUCGGUUGAGAUGUGCUGAAGCUUUUUUAUGUUAAGGUAACUGCAAGUGAACGAAA